AUGGCGCCGCUCCGCCGCCGCAAGGUGGCCGUCGCCGUCGACGACUCCCCCGGGUCCAUGCGCGCGACGCGCUACGCGGCGAAGAGCCUGCUCUCGCGCGGGGACGACGUCGUCCUCAUCAGCGCGGUGCACACGACGCCGAGCGCGAACCCGGGGGCGCGUCCGAGACGUCUUCGUUCGCGUCUUCGCUUCUCUCCUCUCACUCCUUCGGACGCGCCGACGGCGCGCUCCCUCACCCCCCCCCCGUCCUCCCCCUCCGCGCCGCAGGCGGAAGGCGAGCGCGUGCUCGAGCACCAUCGCGUUCAGCUCCUGAACACGAAGAUGCCCUCCGAUCGGAUUAAGUCCGUCGUCGUGAGGUGCAAGGUCAACGAGAGCAGCGCGCGCGCGGUCGAGCGCGCGGUGGACGCCGAGGCGCGUUCGAGUGUCUUCACACUGUCGCCGGACCACGUGUGCCUGGGGUCUCGCGGGCUGGGAAGCCUACAGACCGCGCUCUUAAACGCGGUCGGCUUAGGGAGCGUGGGCGAGCACGUCGUGAAAAACGUGCGCGUGCCCGUGACGGUCGUGCCGCUGUCCACGCCCGUGCCGGAGAACAUCACGGUGCGGACGGGCGUGAGCGAGCACGGACUGUGA